CAAGGUGUGCUGGUGGGCGUUGUGCUUCGCUACGGCAUUCACAUUCCCAGCGACAUCAACAACGUGACCUUAAGCUGCCCAGUGCAAACCAGUCCGGCCACUUUGUUGGUCAACUUCAGUGGGAAGUUCUACGAAUACACUCUGAAGGGGGAGAUCAGCUCCCACGAACCUAAUAACGUUCAGGAUAAUGAGAUGCUCCGAAAGGUGACUUUUGACCCAGAAGUAUUCUUCAACAUCUUACUCCCUCCAAUUAUAUUUUAUGCGGGAUACAGCUUGAAACGGCGGCAUUUCUUCCGAAACCUGGGAUCCAUCUUGGCAUAUGCGUUUCUUGGAACAGCAAUCUCCUGCUUUGUGAUAGGAUCUAUCAUGUAUGGGUGCGUCGCCCUAAUGAAAGUGAUGGGACAACUUGGAGGGGAGUUCUACUUUACCGACUGCCUGUUGUUCGGGGCCAUUGCUUCCGCUACAGAUCCAGUGACUGUCCUCGCCAUAUUCCAUGAGCUCCAAGUAGACGUUGAGCUCUACGCCCUCCUCUUUGGAGAGAGUGUCCUGAACGAUGCGGUCGCCAUUGUGCUGUCUUCUUCGAUUGUUGCCUACCAACCAGCAGGAGACAACAGUCACACUUUUGACGUCACAGCCAUGUUCAAGUCCAUUGGGAUUUUCUUAGGGAUAUUCAGCGGAUCGUUUGCCAUGGGGGCUGCAACUGGAGUCGUCACUGCUUUGGUCACUAAAUUCACCAAGCUCCGUGAGUUUCAGCUGUUGGAAACUGGCUUGUUUUUCCUGAUGUCUUGGAGUACGUUUCUCCUGGCUGAAGCUUGCGGUUUUACAGGUGUUGUAGCUGUCUUGUUUUGUGGGAUCACGCAGGCUCACUAUACUUACAACAAUCUGUCGACAGAAUCCCAGCAUAGAACGAAACAGCUGUUUGAGCUUCUCAAUUUCCUGGCUGAAAACUUCAUCUUCUCCUACAUGGGACUGGCGCUGUUCACCUUCCAGAAUCAUGUCUUUAAUCCAACAUUCGUAGUGGGAGCUUUUCUGGCGGUAUUCCUAGGAAGAGCUGCGAACAUCUACCCUCUCUCUUUCUUGCUUAAUUUGGGAAGAAGAAACAAGAUUGGGACUAAUUUCCAGCACAUGAUGAUGUUUGCUGGCCUCCGUGGAGCCAUGGCCUUUGCUUUGGCCAUUCGGGACACGGCCACCUAUGCGCGCCAGAUGAUAUUCAGUACGACGCUGCUGAUCGUGUUUUUCACCGUCUGGGUGUUUGGUGGGGGCACCACCCCCAUGCUUUCAUGCCUGCAUAUUAGGGUUGGUGUGGAUGCUGAUCAAGAAAAUCUGGGUGUGCCAGAAAAUGAAAGGAGGAGUACCAAAGCAGAGAGUGCCUGGCUGUUCCGACUGUGGUACAAUUUUGACCACAACUAUCUGAAGCCUCUUUUGACCCAUAGUGGCCCACCUCUGACAGCUACGCUUCCAAGCUGCUGUGGACCCCUUGCAAGGUGCUUGACUAGCCCACAGGCUUAUGAGAAUCAAGAGCAGUUGAAAGAUGAUGAUUCGGAUCUAAUUUUGAACGAUGGAGACAUCAGUUUGACAUACGGGGAUUCGACCGUGAACACAGAUUCUUUGACGUCCGGUGCAUCUAGACGGGCGGCCGGCAAUGGCUCUGAAGAUGCCCUGGACCAGGAGCUUGGCUUUGGGGACCACGAACUUGUCAUACGGGGCACACGCCUAGUUCUCCCCAUGGAUGACUCUGAACCCCCCUCAAAUGUCGUCGAUAAUGCCAGACACGGUCCGGCUUAAGAUCGGUUGCUCAGUUUGAUUUGACAGUCUUGAAACAAAUCCACCUGUGAUCAUGAAGAAGAACAACAACAACAAGAAAAAAAACACGUACUACCUAAAACACAAACCUACUGCAUGUCUCAGAAUGUCUAAGCUGUAUAAAUAUUAUUUAUUUAUAUGGUGUUGGGAGAAUGUAACUAUCUGUAUGAGACAAAACUUGUGAAGAGCCAGCUGUCAGUUUCGUAAGCUGGGAAAUGGCCCACAAACUCACGGGUGGCAGUGGAACUGUUUUAGAGUGACAUUUUGCUAUGGAAGGGGCGAGGAGGGGAAGCGAGAUGAGGAAACUUAGCAAACGCUUUCUUUUUUUAACUGUAUAAACCAAUCUGCUCUUGUUGUGGGUUUCCAUCAUUUGUCAUUGCUUCUCUGAGUGCAGAAAGGAGCUGGUGACAGGGAAGUUGGCUUAUUCCAAGUGUUGGAUUUUAGCUACCCAAAGGAGUAGCUUUAAAGUUUAGAAGGUGACCGCUUUGAGGCAUCUUGGCCUUUUCUUUCAAGGCACAGCUAUAUCUGGUGUGAUCGAACCAAUCUGAUCAGGACAUCUUGACAUCUUUAGCCUUCUAAUCGUACCACGUUUGCUUGCGGUUUGCUGAUAACAAGCUGUGAAUGAAACAACGAUGUUUUAAUUUUUGGAUGUCUAGUUGACAAGGGCAAUAUGGAGUAUGAGAAAGCCGGCAGUGAUAUUUAACAGCAGUUUUUUCAGAUUUUUGUAUUUAAAUCUUGAAGGUGGGUUUUUGUUGUUUGUACAUUUCCCUCUCGCCUUAUCCCAUAGGAUGAGAGUUCGGAGUUUGGGGGCAUUGCACCUUUGCUUUCUCUCCUAGAGGGUCAAACAGUAUUUCUUGAGCAGAUGAGGAGAUUAGGAAGAUGUCACCGGGUUCCCUUUUUAAUUUUCGGUUGAGCGGCUGUGCCUUUUGGAGACGUCAACCUUUUCUUUGUGUUGCAUAGCUGCUAAGAAGGCCUGCGGAAAGGUCUGCUCCAGUUCCACGCCACAUCACCAAAUCCAGGUGUGCGAAUAGCGCUUGCAGAGAUUUCAGACUCUAAACGCAGGUUUUUGUUCUUGCCUUUAAAAAGAGAGGCGUUUUGGAUUAUUAGGUGGUACCGAAAGGACGUCAUCUGUCCGUCCGCCCUGUAUAGUUGCACUUUUGUUCGGUAACUCCUUCGCAUGCUUGUGUAUCUGUACAGAACAAGAAAACCUUUAGGUUUGGUUCUUACGUCUGUUUACUGUUCAAUGAAAAAAAUAUAUUUGUAAGCUGCCA